UUGCUUGCUUCCUUCCGUCCAUUGGUCCUUCUGUCCCCCGACCCUCAGACGAAGAUGAUAGGUUAUCUUUUGAAGAAUUUGCCGUUCGUUGUGUGACUCUCCGAGUUGCCUCGCUUGGCAGGUGGUGCCGACAUUACCUGAUAACAAACGAUCUGUGUGAACUCUCCUCAGUCUUGUAUUAUCGUUGAGUCUCGUUUCCGUCCUUCCGUGCCGUGGAGAGUGCCUCUUGGUUUGACCUUGAUCCUUAUUUCAUUAUCCCACCAUGGGUGAGGGCGAUGAUCCCACCCCGGAGCAAAUCCAGUCCAUUCGUUCUGACUUACAGAUGAAAAUCGAAGAAAUCGGCUCAGGGGACUUCGAUCCCCGAGAUGUUCGGGCUAUUCUUACCAAUGAUCAAUUGGUACAACGCUAUUUCAAACAUGUCUUCGAACAAGGUGGCGAUCAAGAAGAAAAAGCGGUCCAAAUGAUAGUGAACUCUUUGAAGUGGCGAAAAGAAUCAGGCAUUGGAUAUCUCACUCCUGAUGACCUAAGCCAAAGCCUGAAGGAGCGGGGCUCCCUCUAAUCGAAAAACUAUGACAUAGACGGCAAAAAGCUGCUUGUGUUUGACGUCAAGAAACACGUCAAAGGCAAGGAAAAUACGGAUGACAUCCGCAAGUUCUUCUUGUAUCAAGUAGAAAGAAUUGAAAGAGAAGAAAAUGGUGAUUUACUCACUCUUGUUUUCGAUUGUUCUGGAUGUGGCCUUAAGAACAUGGAUCUGGACUUCAUUCAAUACAUGAUUGGAGUCUUAAAAGACUACACACCAUGGAACCUGAAUUAUAUACUAGUUUACGACAUGCCCUGGGUCUUGAAUGCAGCCUGGAAAGUCAUCAAGAGCUGGCUUCCUGCUUCGGCCGUGAAAAAGAUUAAGUUCUUGAACAAGCAAAACAUUGGUGAAUAUGUUAAUAGCAACCAAAGAUUCACCGCUUGGGGAGGAUCUGAUCCCUGGGAAUAUGAGUUCAUUCCGGAGCCAAAGCGUGAAGUAAAAGUAAGCAAAGGAACCACACAAUUAGCAUCAUCUCCGGCAGAUGCUCCAUCAGCACACGAGAUGGCGGUGUGCGACGAGGUCCCCAAAAGUAUUCGGACUGAUAUGAAAAAUUCGCUGUCUCGAGAGAGUUUCAUAAGCAACAAUCUGCCUGUGAGGAAUGACUCAAUUAACUUUCGAUUGAGCCGUGAAAAUAACAAUCUAGGGAUGCUCACCAUCAACCCGCUCUCCGAAAUUGUGUUGAAACGCAAUGAUCAAGGCGACCGUAACGCUCAAAUCCACGUCACCAACACCGCGGGCAAACCUGUGGUGUAUAAAAUCAAAACGACAGCUCCAGACAAGUAUAGAGUUCGUCCAAGCAUGGGUAGCUUGGCUCCAGGAGCCUCCUCGGUUGUGGAAAUAUACGUACCAUCUGCUUUGGUUGGGUCUCCAGAGUCACUAAUCAGAGACAAAUUCCUAAUUACUGCUAUUUCCGUUGAGGACGAACAUUUAGCGCAAUCACAAAUAAUUGAAAUUGUCAAGACCUCCCAACCGGAAGCCCAAUACCGUCUCCGAUGUACCGCACCCGAGGCGAAAGUCGUUUUGACCACCUUGAAUGGUGGUCUUCCAAAUGUGAACGCUACUUUAGUCAAUGGAAAAAGUCAACCACUAGUGGCCCCCGACGUAACCAAGAAGGUGGACAAUCUAAUCAAAAAGAUGACGACCAUAUCAUCGACCAACGAGGAGCUCAAGGAACAAGUGGAGCAGCUUCGGAAAAUGAUCCUGGUCAUUCUGGUUCUGGCUGUGAUUUUAAUUAUAGCAUUGUUUUGGCGAACCCGACAUGUUGGUAGCAAUCCCUGCAUUCCUUCGAAUCACGAUUCGAGCCAUCCAAUGUUCCAUGGAAGUUCGCAAGCCAAUUCCGAGCUCUAGAGCUGGGCAUAAUCAAGAGGGAAUGGAGCCACGAGUGCUUUUUGAGAAUGUUUCAAUGGCCUUGAACCAAAGUGAUUGGGUCGCAUCACAAAAGGAGUGGAAGAAUUGAGAAUGGGAAGCUGUGAUAUGCUCAUCUAGCAAGCCAUCGAGUGCAUUUAAUUGCAUGUCAGUUCCAUUAUUAUAGUCUGAACCAACAAAUUGUUACUUUUGACUGAGAUUAUAUCUGUCGCUUUGAAUGUGACGACUGGAAAAGCCCUUAAAUACAAAUCCGCUUAAAUUCA